AUGAAUGCAGAAGAGAGCAAUCCAAUGGACUCUAUAAUCUCUGCUCUAUCAGACAGCUUCAAGCAAGUCCCUUUGGCAGCUCUUCCAGCAAUGCUUGAUUGCAUUUUAGCAUCAACUGGAUUAUCUCCAUAUGCCCUUUUUGCUUCACUUCUUGAUCCAUUCUCUAACUUUAUCAAGGACGUUAGUGAGAAGGACUUGAAGUUGGACUCUAGCAUGCGUAACUACAUCACAUCCAUGGUGGGUGCGCUUUGCUAUCUUCUAAAAAAUUUGAUUGUUGGGAAACAGCAGGAAGAUAAAUAUAUGCAGGAUGUUAUAACAUUCAGUUUAAAGCCUGCCCAUUACCGUAUGGUUGGAAGGGAGGAAAGUGGGGGGAAGGAAAUUGAGGGUGGAAUACUACUUUUCUUGUUUUGGAAAACGAAGAGAAAAUGGAGGGAAAUGAACGCGAAAGGAAAAAAUUCUCUUGGGCCACAAAAAAUCAGUUUCUCCAAUAUGGAGAGGAACACAACUCAUUCAUGGGGUGUUUUGGAAGCAAACUUGGUGCCAUUUUUUCUUAGAUCAGUUGGUCUUUCUAUUGGCAUGUUUCAAAAUGAAGAAUCAGAUGCCUUCGAAUGGGGUCAUUGCUCCGUUUUCCAUGGUUUAAGUGACCUGAAAAAUGAUUUCGGAUUGGAUAAAGAGACCUUGCUGUCCCUACCGGGGUCCUUUCCUCUACCUAUGUCAUGCCAUAUUUUAACCUUAAUCCUGGAUGCUACUCUGCAAAGUUUCCAGGCAGUUUCAAGCACAAAAUCAAUGUUGGCAAAUGGGUUCUGUUAUGCCGAAAAGCUAUUUACUAAUUUGCUUUGGGAUCUAUGUAAUAUGAGUGAGCGAUUGCUUUCACAAAAAGGAUUUGGAAAUGCUGAUUCAAGUGUAAAAGCAGAAGGAUUUGAUGUAAGAGCUGAGAAGGAGUUUUGGGAUGAAAUAAAAAGGGGCCUGGUUGAUGAAGAAGGCCUGGUAAGGAAGCAAUCAUUACACAUAUUGAAGACAUCACUACAGAUAAGUGUUGGAAGCCAGUGCCACUCUGGGGUUUCAGAGAAGAAAUCACGAGAAAAACUCCCAGUUACUCGUGAUAUGACAAAGAGGGAAAUGUGGGCGGACAAGGAAGCUAAAUCGUUGGGUGUAGGGGAACUCUGCAAUUCAGCUGAUUCUCCUUUAAACAGUCAGCAGCAGUGGGAAGCUUUUUUACUCCUGUAUGAAAUGCUUGAAGAGUAUGGUACACACUUGGUAGAAGCUGCUUGGUGUCACCAGUCGUUUUUGGGCAUCGAGUGGAUGAAGUAUGGAGACUCUGCCAAAUCAGUGUCUGAAAGUUUUGUUCUUGGGCCAUUCGUCGAAGGGCUGGAUGACCCUGUGCACCACAAAGAUUUUGGUGUAAAAGGGGCUUACAAUUCAAAGACUAUUGGAGGUGCAGCCAGGUUUUUGCAUCAAUAUACAAGUCACCUAAAUACAAGGGAAGGGAUUGCCUUUCUGCAUAGUUUAGCAUCUGUUGCCAAACAUCACUCAUUUGGUCGAGCCGGAUUAAUGGGUCUUGCAGAAUGUAUUGCUUCAGCUGCACAUGGAGUAGGAAGGCAUGAUAGAGGAGAAAAAUGGAGUGAAGAUGCUUUUCCUGAUGAGGUGCAGGUGGAAUCCUCUCUAGAAAGUUUUUCUGAUUGUAGAACAGCCUUGUUGGAUGUUCUGAGAGUUGUUAUUGAGAGCAGCAAACAACAUUUCAACCCUAAUUAUCGUCUUCAAGUUUGUGAGAAAGUUCUGGAGGCUGCUGCUUUGCUGGUUGGUACACUUGAUGUGCCUCUUGAGAUUCUCUUGCACUUCAUUGCUACAUUACCACGGGAAUUUACUGAUUAUGGGGGUAACCAUGCCAUAUGGAUUAAUGUCUCCAUGUUCUAUGCUUUAUGGUGGCUGUCUGCUGAUCACAUCCCCUUUAUACGUGCUUGUCCAGAGGUCACUGGCAUUGAAUACUUAGUGAAUUUCACAAAUAACUGUGAUGUUAUGUUCAAAUUGAGUUCUUUAAGAUCAAAAACACAAGAAUGGCUCUUGGGGUCAGCUAUGGAACAUUGUAGUGCAAAUCGAUGUGGUGCUGGGAUUCAACUUCUGACAAAUCUUCAGGACUUCCCAGAAAGGUUUACAAGUUCUCAAUAUUUGGUUGAUGGUUUCUUGAGUUUUGAUGACGAAGACUUGGAUGCUUGGGAAUCUGAAGCAAGAAGAUGGGCAAGAGCACUUUUUCUUAUAAUCAAGGGGGAGCAUCAAUUAGCACCGAUAUUGAGAUUUAUUCAAAAUUGUGGUGUCAACAUCUGCAAACAACACAGCCAUUUAGAAUGGUUACCUGUGAAGUUUCUUGUCCUUGCAAGGAGCUUGGUUGCGGAGAUUCAAAUAAUGCAGGAGAGAUCAGCUCAACGUGGUAUCAGAAUUAAAUACAGAUCAGAGAUGAGCUUGGUUCAUAAAGUGGAUCAAUUGUGUUUUGCAGAAGCUUCCAUGAUUAAUGAAAGAAUUCAUGGCCUUUUCCUGUUCAUAUUGGUAUUGAGAACUACUUCUGCAAUUGAGGAGCUGGUUUCUUUUGCUGACAUGUCUUCUUCCACAUUCUGGUCUAGCAUUUCUAAGGAGACAACUCUGCCUGGUUCUGUGAGCGGAAAGCUUGGAGGCCGUAGUCAACGUCGGUUGUCAUCUUCUACCACCACUGCUAUAUUGCAAGCUAUAACUUCAAUGCGAGCGAUUGCAUCUAUUUCAUCCUGGUGCGCACAGUUUAAAAGUAAUGUUAAGCUCAGUUCUGUGUGGACCUUUUUGUGGAAAUUCUUCUGGAAGACUGUUUCCUCUCCAACUUGUGAUUCUGAGGCAGGAGCAGAAAUUUGUCUGGCAGCAUAUGAAGCAUUAGCUCCUGUUUUAAGAGCUCUAGUGUCGACAUCCUCUGCACUAUCUUUGGAUCUCAUUACAGAAAACAAUGAAUUUUUGGCAUCUGCAGUAGAAGUCAAAUGCUGUUUAGAUUCUUUGGCUCAUUCUUUUCUUCAGAAUAUCAAUAAUCUCCUUGGAGUUGGAGUUCUUGCACGAACUCGACGGGCAGUUUUGCUAAACUGGAAGGUAAAGAAUCUUUCAUUCAUGAGUCCCCGGGAUGGCAAUGGGCGGUGGAUUUGCCUGGAGUCUCUAUUGUCAAUUCCUUACUCUGCUUUUGGGAAUGUGCUAAAUCUGGAGGAUGGCAGCUUGUUCUUCUCGGAGGCAGCAAUCGGAUGUAUUUUCAGUGACCUUGUCGAAAGCCUUGAGAAUGCUGGGGAAGCUUCUGUUUUACCCAUGCUGAGAUCUGUCAGAUUGGCUUUGGGCCUGCUUGCUUCAGGAAAGUUAGACAACUCAUGUGUUUCCUCAUGCACUGGUGUGGAUGUUCAGGUUCAUCUCAUAUUUUACUUCUGUCUUUAUUUGUUUGUGCUCUUGCCUUUGCGGGAUCGUGUGCUUGAUAUGUGCGUCUGUAUGGAUGUUUUGGUGGAAAAGAGGAUGAUGUGGCAUUUGGUUAAUUCAUCUUGGAUAUUGCAUGCCAAUUGCAACAAGCGGAGAGUUGCAUCAAUUGCUGCACUUUUGUCUUCUGUUUUGCACCAUUCUGUGUUCACUGUUGAGGUCAUGCAUUUAAUCAACAAUGCGCCUGGGCCUCUAAAGUGGUUUGUUGAAAAUGUUCUGGAGGAAGGUACAAAAAGUCCUCGUACAAUUCGCCUUGCAGCAUUGCAUUUAACAGGGCUGUGGCUCUCUUAUCCAAGGACUAUUAAGUAUUACAUGAAAGAGCUAAAGUUGCUGACGCUUUAUGGUUCUGUUGCAUUUGAUGAGGAUUUUGAAGCUGAGUUAUCUGACAAUCAAGAUGCAAGUACUGAAGUGUCAUUAUUGGCGAAAAGCCCAGACCCUGAGCUGACUGAACUUGCUGACUUGGCCAGUUUGGUGGGAUCAGCAAAUGAAAAUGAAGAUUGUCAUGCUGCUCUCGAAUCUGGAAAAUUGUUUCUGCUAAAGCUUCUUGAUUCUGCGGUGAAUGACAAAGAUCUUGCUAAGGAGUUGUAUAAAAAGUACAGCGGGAUCCAUAGACGUAAAAUACGUGCUUGGCAAAUGAUUUGUGUUCUGUCACAAUUUGUUACUGAUGAUAUAGUUGGGCAAGUUACUCACAGCUUGCACAUAUCCCUCUACGUAAGUGUUGGUCCGCAACAUUAUUAG